GCUGUACUUCUUGAAGCAAUCGUACGCAUGAAGCAGAGUCUGCUUAUGGACAGACCAUUCGUGAAGGCUUAACAUAGGUCAAUCGCGGAUACCACACGCGUCGGACUACUACUCUUUUCUCAGUGACGAAAGCGGCAUGCCCACGGCAACUCUCAAGAUCAACCACGUCGGCAUCUCGGUACCGGACCUCGACGCCGCUGUGGCUUGGUACACCGAACACCUUGGCUUCCGGCAGUUGAAACCGAAUGUACUCCACAAGCGAGAUGAGAGCAUCGAUCGAAAUAAGGACAAGAAUUUCUUUCGCAUCCACCCCGAACCUGUCCGAGAAGUGAAAGUGGCUUACCUUGCUGCUGGAAAUGGCAUCGGAUUUGAACUGUUCGAGUUCUUGGAUCCUAAGCACCAGGUCUCGCCCGGUUUCGGACCAGACAUGUUCACGCGGACCGGGUGUUACCACAUCGCGGUGACGACGGAGGAUCCUGUGGCAUUGUGUGAGAAGUUGGUAGGGGUUGGUGCUACUCAGAUUGGAGAUCCGGCCAGGCUGGCUAAUGGCGAUGUCGUCUUGUAUCUGAGGGAUCCUUGUGGAGUCAUCCUGGAAUUGUGUAGCUGAGUUCGAGACGUUUGUGGUCGAUGGACGCGUGGGCGGACAUUGAGAUGAUUCACCAGACAAGGUCUCUUCCAGCAAGAAGGGGAGCUCGUGAAUGCUGCAAUUUUGGGAUGGAUCGCCGGGAGCAAGUCGUGCAUAUAUACCUAUCUUCAACGCCUCGAGCCAGAACCACAUAUUCACCCCAUGAAUACCGCAUCAGAAUCACUCCGAGGGUAUCUUGUGCCUUUCACUCAUUAAUAGAGCCUACCAACACCUAGCUUCGGUAC